AUGUCGUCAAGUCCAGAACGAAAACGCCCUAAAAGGUCGACUGAUAUAAGUGAUGAUAAAACUAGUGCUUUAUAUGCCAAAAGCUAUAAGCGAGUGACUAAGGACGAUCUUUAUAUGAUUAUUGCUCUUUGGAUGCAGGAUAUCGCUAAGCUUCCUGGUGUGAAUAAACGUUCGAAUACGCUCAGAUCUGAUGCAGAUAAGCCUCGCUACCACAAUGUCGGAGCAGUUCUUGUGUUACCAAACGAUGUGAUUUUCGCUGCCGAUUGCUCUCGUGAUGGUGCCCACGCCGUGGCCAGACUGUUGAUGCAGCACAGCGAUAAAGCAGAAGGUUGUAAGAUUUUCGUGUCUCGAAAGCCUUGUCCUUUGUGUGCGAAGCUUCUGGUACAGUCGAAAGUGAAACGAGUUUUGUAUCUGCCUUCCGAACCGGAAUACUAUCCUUUGGAUAAAGCAGAUAAAGUUAAAGCAGAAUUAGAUAAAGCUAAAGCAGGAGCAGAUAAAGCUAAAGCAGGAGCAGAUAAAGCUGAUGAUGAUGAACGGAAAGCAGCGCCGGUUAACAGAAUGAGCCAAGUUGAUAACAUGUUCACAGCAAGCGCCAUUGCACAGACAAUAUUUGUCUUUCAAGUCGAGAGUGGUGUUCUCACAGAUGCAUCGAGCAGAAAGAAUCCUGGGAGGGUGAACGAAGUAAAGGAGAUUAUCGAAGGUAAAAAGAAGGAAUUUGUCCGGAGAUACGGAUUUGAAGGGAACCCAGGGUGGAAGGAGGUGAUGAAAGAAGAACUGCCCUGGCCGGCGUUCAACAGCGAUAUAGAUAGUCAAGUUCAGAAGUACUUUAACAACGCCAUGGAGUGGAUGGCUCAGACAAUGGUUUUGUCGGGCAAAGGCUUGGACUACGACUUCAAACUAAGUGGACCAAGUGUACCGCGGAAAUCUAAGACCAUAUUCGAUCCAGUGGAUCCUGAUCAAGCCCGUCGUUUCAUUGUCAUUGCAAGGUUCUUAGCCGAGCGCACGGACGACCCGAAAACCGGUGUUGGUGCGGUGAUUGUGAGUCCCAAGAUGGACGUCCUCGCGUUUGGUUGGAAUGGCUUUCCGUUCAAAGCAUAUUACAGCGAGUUUGCCAGAGCCUCAGAUGACGAUGAUCCCACACUUGAUAAAAAGUAUCCUUACGUGAUCCACGCUGAGCAAAAUGCUAUUUUGAUGCGAAAUAGCAAAAGUGUUGAAGGUGCAAUUCUGUUUGUCACGAAGACUCCGUGUGAUGAAUGCGCCCCCCUGAUUGCCAUGGCCGGAAUCAAGACCGUUGUCGUUGAUGAAGGUGAACGUAAGAAAAAAAAUCACGAAAAGAAGGAGCUGAGCUAUACAAUGUUUCGCGAUAUGGUCAAAGAUAGCACCUUUGUUUGUUACGAAACUCGAAAGCAAAACAAUCCUGAAGAUGCCAAUAUCUCUAAAGCACGGAAGAGACUUUCUGUGAAAAUGGAGCAAUCAUUAGAUUAA